AUGAGUUUCCAAAUGGGUGUUUUCCCUGAUGCACUUGAAUUUGCUCAUAUUACGCCGCUGAUCAAAAAACAGUCUGCUGACCCCGACGUCCUUAGCAAUUACAGGCCUAUCGCUAACUUGAAGUUCUUAGCGAAAACCAUCGAACGGGCUGUGGCUGCACAGGUUCGGAGUCACAUGGCCACACAUUCUCUGACUACCAAACUUCAAUCGGCCUAUCGCAAAGGUAGGAGUGUAGAGACGGCACUUCUUCGAGUCUACAACGACUUGCUUCUCGCCGCCGAUAACGGCGAGGAGUCAAUUCUGGUACUCCUCGACUAUUCGGCAGCGUUUGACACUAUCGAUCACAAUGUCAUGCUCAAUCGUCUUGAACAGAAUUAUGGCAUCACGAAUCUUGCAUUGAAGUGGUUCUCAUCAUAUUUCUCUAUGCGUCAUCAAUCUGUCAACAUCAAUCAUGCCUUCUCGCCCUUUUGUCUUGUCAAUACAGGAGUGUCACAUGGUUCCGUCCUGGGUCCCAUGUGUUUCACCUUGUACACAUCACCUCUUGAGGACAUCAUCGCAUCCUACGGCAUUAAAUCUGGACAUUCCUCUCCAGAGGAAGAAGAGGAAGAACCCACCAACAGGAAGAAGAGGAAGAGGGGCAGUUCUGGAGCGAGGCGGAAGACCGUGAAGCUCAAUGAUGCUCAGGAGGAAGAGGCCAAAGAGUACUUGCUGGGGUGCCCGGGCCUCUACAACAAACGGGAUACCAUGUGGGCCCAACCUGACAAGAAAGAUGAGGCCUGGAAGAGGCUGGCCGACCAGCUGGGGGUGCACGUCAAAGACGUCCACGCUUGGUACAAAACGCUGCGCAAGGACCUGGGCAAGCUUCGCAAGAAGUUUCGGAAUUCGGGGCAGGCGGGAUGGAGUUUCCACAGUCUACAGAGGUGGGAUCGGUGGGAGUUCCUGAUGCCGUUUGUUCAUGAAGUGAGCAUCCACUCGACCCUAUCUCUUCAAGCACCACUGGCCGCAGCCCGCACAGCAACAGCCGCCACUGCUGAGAGCAACCUCGAGGAGGAGGAUGCUGAGGAUGAAGAUGGGGACUGCCACAGCCCACCUUCCGCUGAUGCUGGCCGUCCAGCCCCUGCUGCUGCUGCUGCUGGCUGUGCUCCCCCUCCAGCUGGGCCUCCGCCCCCUGGUCCUGCUGCACCUGCUCUUGCUCCCCUGCCCAGAGACCCACUCCGUGCCAUCAUCGAAAGUAGCAGGUACAUCCUACACUACCUGGCAGGCCAGGUAGUCAAGCCCAUGGGUCAAGCCCAUGUUGAGCCCCAGGUGCAGCAGCGCAUAGACUUUGGCAGGUACAUCACCUCCUCCCUCAGGAUAAUGCCAGAUGAAGUUUAUCACCAAGCCUCUGGUGCCAUCAAUGACAUUGUGCAGGCUGCUCUGAGGGACGUGGACCAGAGGCGUGGUCAGCAGCAGCAGCAAGCCCCUCAGCAAGCUCCCCAGCCAACCCCCCAGCAAGCACCCCAGUUCCAGCCACAGCAGUAGCAGCCACAACAGCAGACCGCACCCCAGUUCCAAGGCAGCAGUUCGCUCAACCGGGCCUUCUUCUGGACAGCCUCCUCCACAGGCCCAGGUUGAUGCGUCUGGCCAGAUGUGGCAACCUGACCCCUGGCAGUGGCAGGCCAAUCCUCCAAUAAGAAACAACGACUUUGGGGUCCUUGAAUGUAUAUUUUUUCGCCGUUGACGUUUUAAAGACGGUAACAUAUCAUCGGAGAACUGACAACAGUAACUUGUUCAACCCACAGUUUAUAACUAAACAUUACUCUGAUGCACUGUUUAUCGAUAGAUUUUAUUGCUCGAGGAAUUUCCUAGUCAAAGCAUUUGCUUGUAUAUAGCAUAAAUGAGUUUAGCCAAUUAAUAGCCCUUAAAUGGCCUGUAAACGUUCGGUAAUGAGUCUGAUAAAAAUGGAAAAUUUUCUUGGUAAGAAGUAGAGCAGCUUUUAAUAUAAUAUAGGUUUUCUCUGUCAAUUUCGGCAAAUGAGCAG